UCAGUCUCCAGUUCUCCAGCGAGUCACCACCAUGGCGGGGAAGCAGUUCCACUCCCUGGCGCACGCGCGCCCCGCCUCCGCCUCCGCCUCCGCCCGCCGGCUCCUCUCCGCCGCGGGCGCCCUCGUCCUCCUCUCCGCCGCCUACUUCCUCCUCCUCUCCCCCUCCUCGCCCCGCCCCACCGCCGCCGUUCUCGCGAGCCCUAGCCCCGCCACCACCUCCUUCCUCGCCUCCCUCGACAGCUUCCUCGCCGCCCCGCACGCCUCCGACUCCGCGGCCGCUCCCGGCGACCUGGACGCCGCGAUCAGGGCCCAGGAGGAGGCCCGGCUCCACGGGGACCCCGCGUGGCCCGCGCCCGCCGCGGGCCCGCUCAGGGUCUACGUGUACGAGAUGCCGAGCAAGUUCACCUACGAUAUGCUGAGGCUCUUCAGGGACUCGUACCGGAAGACGGACAACCUCACGUCCAAUGGGAGCCCCGUGCACCGGCUCAUCGAGCAGGUGGGCGUGCGAUAUCGCAUAGUUUUUAAGAUAUCGGACUCUAUCACAUCUGUCUACAGAAUCAAAUUGUUUCUUCAUUCACAUUUGCAGCAUUCUAUCGACUAUUGGCUGUGGGCGGAUCUCAUUGCGCCUGAAUCACGAAGACUUUUGAAGAGUGUUGUCAGGGUUCAGCGGCAAGAAGAAGCAGACAUUUUCUAUGUGCCAUUCUUCACGACAAUCAGUUACUUCUUGCUGGAGAAACAAGAAUGCAAGGCGCUAUAUAGGGAAGCUUUAAAGUGGGUGACUGAUCAGCCUGCAUGGCAACGUUCAGAAGGCAGAGAUCAUGUCAUUCCUGUUCAUCACCCAUGGUCAUUUAAAUCAGUCCGGAGAUUUGUCAAGAAGGCAAUAUGGCUUCUACCUGAUAUGGACUCAACUGGCAACUGGUAUAAACCAGGACAGGUAUAUCUGGAAAAGGAUGUCAUCCUUCCAUAUGUUCCAAAUGUUGAUCAUUGUGAUUCUAAGUGUGUAUCCGAAACUCAGUCCAAAAGAAGUAUAUUGCUGUUCUUUCGAGGAAGACUGAAGAGAAAUGCUGGAGGGAAGAUCCGCAGUAAGCUUGUGGAGGAACUAAAAAGUGCAGAAGACAUAGUUAUUGAAGAAGGCUCUGCUGGAGCUCAGGGAAAAGCAGCAGCUCAGGAUGGCAUGCGCAAGUCUCUCUUUUGCCUGAGUCCAGCUGGAGAUACCCCAUCUUCUGCUCGUCUGUUUGAUGCUAUUGUUAGUGGAUGUAUCCCAGUUAUAAUAAGUGAUGAACUGGAGCUUCCUUUUGAAGGAAUACUUGACUAUAGGGAGAUAGCAUUAUUUGUUUCAUCAAGUGAUGCUUUGCAACCUGGUUGGCUUGUGAAGCACCUAAGAAGAAUGGAUGCCAAAAGGAUCAGAGAAAUGCAAUCUAAUCUUGUGAAGUUUUCCAGACAUUUUUUGUAUUCAAGUCCUGCUCGGCCUCUUGGACCAGAAGACCUUACAUGGAGAAUGAUUGCUGGUAAGCUGUUAAACAUCAAGUUGCACAUCCGACGUUCUCAACGUGUGGUCAGAGAGUCAAGGAGCAUAUGUACAUGUGAAUGCAGAGUCGGGAACACCACAAGGAUGCUUUGAACCAAUAUUUUUCUUUGUGUUUUCAAAAUUUCAAACUUCUGUAGCACAGUCAAUUUUUAGUUGCCAAUAGCGCGAGCUUUGAGUUAGGCAAUUUAUUUUGCCAAUGUAUGUAAACCUAAUAGUUCUGUAACAAAUGUAUGAGUUGGGACUGGGGAAGUUGUGAUACUACAAUUUGUGAAAUGUGAAAUCCUAUCACUGCUGAGAUUUUA